AUGGCGACGGUUAGGCGAAUCAUACCUCACACUGAACGGGGAAAGGCGACCCGACAUAAUUACGUGAAUAUGUGCGCGGAGGCGGGGACGCUGGAGACAGGGAGCGACGACGAGUUCAUGCCAACCGUGCUCUACGGUGGGCUGCAGUCACCAGGAAACGCGGUAACGCCAGGGGGGUCGACCCUACCGAACGAUGGGGCCGAUGCGGAGGAGGAUGAUGAGCCAAUCCCUGCUCAUAUAUUGAACAAAGUCUGGAGCUGGCUGGAGUUCGGCGACGAUGGCAGCGAAGACGGGGCUUCGGUGGAUGUGGAAGAGGUGCCGCAGAAGGUCAAGGCUAAAACGCCACCUCGAAGCAGUGACCCUGUACCUUUGGCGGCGGAGCCACCAAGGCACAAGGUCCCGGCAAACCAUACGCCGGCUCGCCGCGAAGAGGCAGCUCCUGCUCGGGGGUCGGGCGUGGCCGGAUCUGCCGGCGGUGAAACCCCUGAGGGCGCGCGGGUGGAUAGCGGGUCGAACAACGAUGCAAGCCGUAUUGCGACACUGGAGGCGGAGCUGCGGGCAUUGAUGGGGAAAGUAGCCCAGCUCAGCGGGCAAGUCGUUAAGAGGCAAGAGGAGCCGGAGGGUCAAACGGGGCAAAAUGUGGAAAAACCCGCUGUGGCCGUUGUCGAGAGUCAGCCGCCCGUUCCGGCCGUCACCAAGCCAGCCGCAACACCCUCCCGGAAACCCCAGGUGGCCGCUACCGUCAGGGCAGACUGUGAAAGCCCUGACAACCCCGCGUCCAAGGGCACUUCAGGUGUGCGGAAGGAUAGGCAGCGGCUUUCCGACAUGAAGGAUGCACCCCACUUACCGUCGAAUCCGCUGAUGCAGGAUGACUUGGGGAGCGGUGGGAGCCAUGGAAUGGGGAGGACCGAUGAACCUAUCCUCGACAGGCAGGGCAAUACCCAUGGCAGAAACAUGUCCUCUCAGCAUUACGAGGAGGGGCCUUGGCGUUUUGGCGGGAAGCGGGGCAGGGGCGACGAAAGCAUUAUCAUUGUGGUUGACUACGACCCGGAAGAGCGGGUCCCCGGUCUACCGCGCUCAAUGCCUAAACCCAAGCCAUUCAGGGCAUACGCCAAGCAUGCAAUGGAGUUACAGCUUCGUCACACCACGGCAUGGGCGGUCACCUACUUCCCAAAGAACAGCAUUAGGAACGAGGCCCUUCUACUUGCUCUGCGGAGGCACUAUGACAUGGUGGCAAUCGACAUAAAGGUGGACUUUGGCCUCCAGAACAUGCGGGACAACACAGUGCACCUGAGUGGCAGCCCAUUGGAGAUGGAGAGGUGCAUGGAAACGGCCACUGAGCUGGUGUGGGAGGUGGUGCAGAUGUGGUUGCGGCUGGCUAGGGGGCAGUGGUACGACCCCCGGGUUAGGGCGUACCGUUGGGGGGAUAAGGGGCUGUACAUUAACGAGAGCGGGCUUGAAGAGUUUAGGCCGGAGUGCUUUGCUGGAACCCGUGCUGCCGAUAGCGGGGAUGCAAGCCCGUGGAUUAUUCGCCGCUAG